CCCACGCAGAGUGUGACAUCAACGAACACUUUGAAGGUUCCGUGGGAUUUCAUGAAUGAGGGCGUGUCCGUGUGAAAGACUUUAUGAACAGGUGCAACGAACCAGGUGGGCGGAGGCAUACACACGCACACGGAGAGGAAGAGGCGGAGUGCAGUGCAUAUGACCACGGGCAUGUCCCAACAUAUCCAGGCAGCAGUAGCGGCGAUGUGAUCAUGGGACACACGCCGCUGAUAACACGGGGGAUGUGGAUUUGACUUUGUCUCAGACCUGUUCCACACGGUGGCGUGUCUCCAUGUCUCUCCCGGCCAAAGUGACGAGAGACGGAGUGCUGGAGAAGCGCAGCGGCGGUCUCCUCCAACUGUGGAAGAAGAAACGCUGCGUGUUGACCGACGAAGGGCUCCGGUUGCGCAGCUGCAAAGGAGGCGCCGCCGAUGCUCCGUGCGCGGCAUGGGGCUCCAGAGCUAAGGAGCUGCUCUUCGAACGCAUGGUGACGGUGGACUGCGUGGAGUACAAGCGGGGCCUGGUGUACUUCACAGUGGUCAUGGCCACAGGGAAGGAAAUCGAUUUCCGCUGUCCGCAGGACGGUACGGCGUGGAAUGCAGAGAUCUCCUUGGCUCUGGUACGUUAUAAGAACUUGCAAGCGGUGCAGACUGGGAGGAAAAGACAGCUCUCCACUGCCCAUCUGGGAAGCACCGGUGAGGAUGAGGAGCUAUGACAAGUACUGCCUGGGAGUGAACAAUCUGGGAAGGGAUCUUCGCUCUUCACUGGUUGAAGAUGAAGACAUUCUUGUUGAGCUUGUACAUGAACUUUUCAUGCUGGCAUGUGGCGUUCAUUUGUUGCUCGUAUUUCCUCUAAAGAUAGAGUGUUAUGUCCAACGUGGAUAAUAUAAAGGAAAAGAAGCCGUUUAUCAAGACAACAGUGAGAGCGAAGCUGGGAUCCUUUCGUCCUGCGUGCCUUUGAUAUUUCACUAGCAUCUUCUACUUAGGAUAUCAUUUCCUCCCUUUUGUAACAUUGCCAAAACAAGUCACUUUAUGUCUUAAGUCUUUUCAUGGGGGAAAAUGACUGACUUUUUGAAACCUACAGCAAUAGACUGAACAGAUGUGCAUGUUUUUCUAAAAGUUAACAUGAAGGAUAACUAUUUUGCUCACAUUGUGUAUUCUAUUUAAUGAAAUGAUGUACAGUAUAAAAAUACUCAAAUAAAACGUAACUCGUUCAGCUGAA